CACCAGCUUAUCUGAUGCUGUCAAUUAUGAAUCAGUUACCGGAAAGUGAAUCUGACAUUUAUUAAUGGCUGAACCUGCGAAAUUACAGAACCCACAUUUGUCCACCUAACACUUGCAUUUUCGCUCUCCAGCACUACUGCUGCUCUUCAGACUCUUCAGUACUUGUUGCUCACUGUGUCCUCUGCAAUUCCCGGAGUGUCCAUCUUUGUUUCGCAAAACCCACAUUGUAUUUCACGGAGGUUGAAGUGAUGACCGUGGAAGAGGAGCAAUACUGGUUGGGGGUUAUCUUGGUUUGCUCUUAUUAGCUUACUAUUUUUUCUUAAAUUUUAAUGGUGAUUUUGUGCAUUUUUCGACUUGUUCCAUCCCCAGUUCUUUAUGGUACUUAGUUAUCUUGAGUUGGGGAACUGUGUCUUUUCGAAUGGCUUUGAAUUGAUUCGGUUGAUUUGUUUUUUGACAAUUUUUAGUGCUUAUUGUGCCAUGAAAAUGGAGAAUUCAGGGAGUUCUGCUAUUGCUCGAUCCCAUUCCUUAGUCUCAUCAUCGUACUGUUUGUCAUUUCCACUGCCAGCAAUUAACGUUGAUUCAAUUCCAUUUUGAUUAUUCUGAUUCUGAUUCACAUCAACUUAGUUUUCAACUGUCCACUGUCCAGAGGAGUACAUAGAUUACAUAUUCUUCUGAUUUUUAUUAUCUUCUUCUUUCCUAGAAGUUUUGAUCUUUUUUCCCGUUGUCUUUUUUUUUUCCCUUCCAAGUUCCAAGUAAGUUGUUUGAUUUUUUCCCUUUAAAUUGGUAUAUUUUUUUAUGUGAACGUGAGCGUGUUUGUGGGGGUUGGGCUACUUUUGAAGGAAUGCAGGCAAUCUGUUUGAUAUUAUUGGUGUUGAUAGCAAAUGCAUUUGGACAGUCAGAUUUUGAAGCACUUCUGGAGCUCAAGAGAGGAAUUGAGAUAGGCCCAGAUCAAGUUCUUCGUUCAUGGGACUCUAAGGCCUUGUCAUCUGAUGGAUGUCCUCAAAAUUGGGCUGGAAUUACCUGUAUUGAUGGCCAUGUGGUAUCAAUUGCUCUGAAUAAUGUGGGUUUGGUUGGAAAUUUUAGUUUCCCAGUUAUUGUUGGCCUGAAAAUGCUCCGCAACCUAUCCAUUUCAAACAAUCAGUUGAUGGGCACUAUCUCAAAUAUUGGUUCCAUGGAGUCCCUUGAGUUUUUGGACGUUUCGUGCAAUAUGUUUAGUGGGCUGUUAUCCCCUGAUAUGUUUAGUUUGAGGAGUCUCGUGCUUUUAAAUCUCUCAUCAAACAAUUUUGAAGGCAGGGUUCCAUCUGGUCUUCACAAUCUUGAGGAGUUGAAAUAUCUAGAUUUUCGCAGCAAUGGUUUUUCUGGGGAUAUUAUGGAUAUUUUUUCCCAAUUGGGUGGAGUACUACAUGUCGACCUAAGCAGUAAUCAGUUUUCUGGUUCACUGGACUUGGGACUAGGAAACACCAGUUUUAUUUCCUCAGUUCAGUAUUUGAAUAUUAGCCGCAACUCUUUGGUUGGAGAGCUCUUUGCUCAUGAUGGAACUCCAUAUUUCGAUGAUCUGGAGGUCUUUGAUGCUAGUAACAACAAGUUAAAGGGUACCAUACCUUUGUUCAGUUUUGUAGUGUCUCUUCGGGUAUUGAGGCUUGGUAACAACCAACUGUCGGGGUCUCUACCAGAAGAUCUUUUGCAAGAAAGUUCAAUGUUCUUGUCUGAACUGGAUCUUAGCAUGAAUCAGCUCCAAGGUCCAGUCGAAAGUAUCACCUCUACAACUCUCAGCAAGCUUAAUCUAUCUUCUAACAAACUGUCAGGCGCCUUACCUGCCAAAGUUGGGCGCUGUGCCAUCAUUGAUCUGAGUAAUAAUAUGCUGUUAGGGAACCUGUCCAGAAUCCAGAACUGGGGGAAUUAUGUGGAAGAGAUUCAGUUGAGUUCUAAUUCAUUGAAAGGAAAUCUGCCCAACCAAACUUCUCAAUUUUUGAGGUUGGCUUCGUUCAAGGUAUCCAACAACUCAUUAGACGGUUUUCUCCCACCAGUUUUGGGUACAUACCCUGAGCUUAGAGUAAUUGAUCUUAGCCUCAACAACCUCAGUGGUUUCCUCCUUCCAAGCUUAUUCACUUCAACAAAAUUGGCUGAUCUCAACUUGUCCGGCAACAACUUCACUGGUUCAAUACCUCUUCAAGGUAUUCAAAAUAUCCCUUUGGGCUCAGCUGGAAAUUUGAGUUUGGCAUCUCUUGAUCUGUCGUUUAACUCAUUAAGUGGCCAUUUGCCUCCAGAAAUCGGCAAGUUUCGUAAUUUGCUUUAUGUUAACUUAUGUAAUAAUAAAUUUGAUGGUGGCAUCCCUGAUGACCUUCCAGAUGAACUGGUAGCAUUUAAUGUGUCCUCCAAUAACCUCUCUGGUGUAGUGCCUUACAAUUUAAGACAGUUUCCUGAUUCAGCUUUUCAUCCUGGAAACUCCUUGUUGAUGUUACCUACUAAGUCACCGGUAUCAGCAGAUGAUGCUCCGCAUCUUAAUUUGAAGAAGCAUGGAUCCCAUCCGAAAGCUGCUUUGAAGAUUGCUUUGAUUGCUGGUUUAGUUGUCAUUGUUGCUGUGCUAGCUCUUUUGUGCAUAGUGAUUUCUUAUAGGUCGCAUUGGCUGGAGUCCAAGAGAGAGAGUUCAAAAGAAGCUGGGCAAACAAAAAGUAUUUCACAUGAGGAUUCUUCCCUUUCUCAUACAUCAGCGCAUAACAAAAAUGCAGAUUCCUCGAUAUCUUCAUUUAGCUUCCCUCAAGAUCAUUUACCAUCAUUGCAAACGGGAUCUGUAUAUGACCAUGGAGACUCAUCAUCCAUUGUAAGGAAACCUAAGGGUCCUGAAUCAGUGGGAAAAGCUGAAGGAUUAUCUUCUCCCGUGUCAAUCUUCUCAUCCUCAAAUCCAUCACCUUCCAGAAACCAACUUCCAAUUGAGCAUCCUGGUAUGCUCAAGGUUCGUUCUCCAGAUAAGUUGGCCGGAGAUUUGCAUCUAUUUGACUCUUCCUUGCUAAUCACAUCACAAGAGCUUUCAGUUGCUCCAGCAGAAGUUAUUGGAAGGAGUUGUCAUGGUACAUUAUAUAAAGCUACACUCGACUCUGGUGAUGUAUUGGCUGUCAAAUGGUUAAAGGAGGGGAUAGCAAAACGAAGAAAGGAAUUUGCAAGGGAAGUAAAGAAACUGGGGAACAUCAAACAUCCAAAUUUGGUCUCUCUUCUAGGAUACUACUGGGGUCCAAAGGAGCACGAGAAACUGGUUAUAUCAAAUUUUGUUGAUGGGCACUGCUUGGCUCUCUAUCUUCAAGAGACAGAGCCAUGGAGACUUCCACCCUUGUCUCUUAUUGAACGGUUUAGAGUUGCAAUGGAGGUGGCUCUAUGCCUAAACUAUCUGCAUAAUGAGAGAGCAAUCCCACAUGGAAACCUCAAAUCCUCUAACAUCUUGUUAGAAAGUUCUAGUAUGAAUGUACUCAUCACUGAUUACAGUCUUCACCGGAUAUUGACACCCGCUGGCACAGCUGAACAAGUUCUGAAUGCUGGUGCACUUGGCUAUCGGCCACCUGAAUUUGCCAGCUCUAGUAAACCAUGCCCAUCGUUAAAGAGUGAUGUAUAUGCAUUUGGUGUCAUCCUGUUGGAGCUCCUGACCGCAAAAAAUCCCGGGGAGAUACUUUCUGGCCAUCCUGGAAUAGUUGAACUAACAGACUGGGUUUGGUUAUUGGUGGAAGAAAACCGUACUGGUGAGUGUUUUGACAGACAUAUCGCGGAGCACCCGCCCAGGGUUCUCAAUGAGAUGCUACAGGUGGCUCUGAAAUGUAUCCUACCAGCAUCUGAACGACCUGACAUGAAAUCUGUCUUUGAAAAUCUUUCCAUGAUCGUGUUAUAAUAUCACACCAACAUAAACAGAAGCUCAGUAUAGUAGGGUUUGCUACUAACCCCAUUUGUCAAUGUAUUUCCCUUUUCUUUUCUUUUUUGUUAAAUUUAAUCAUUUGGAGGUCUUUCCUCUAAUUAUUGCAGAUUUGUAGAUGCUGCUCUCAAUUGGACCUGUGAAUGAUUGGGGAAAAUAAAGUUAUUCUUUAGUGAAUUGGGUUAUUCAUUU